GCGUGACAUCAGCACGGCUCUAUAUGAGGAAGGAGGCAGAAAGCAUCAGGACCAAUCUGGAGUCAGUCACCGCUCAACCUCAGCAGCGCGCGCGGAAACGCACACGCCGCGCAUUGACCGGCCACUCCGUCCAAAUACAGCAACGCGUGGUUUUAACGAAACUUUGAGGAAUCACGGAAUCUAAGUAUUUGACAGAAUUCUGCCUCUCGUGAACGUCCACGCUGCAACGUCGUACUAUCGGAUCUCUGAUUUCUUCUUGGAAAGUCAAGUUUUGUCACACAAGGAGUGAUGCUGCGUGUUCUCGAGCCGCACUUGCGCAUGAGGGGAACCUAAAAUAAUAGCGUGACCGGAACGGAGUAACAAUUCAUCAGAUGAAAGCGCACCGACUAGGAGGACACUCAUACUCAGCGGAGGAUCAUCUCGCUCCAUAAAAUGAUCCCAAUUGGCGACUUAAUACAAUGUCGCAUCUCGUCUGAUGUGUGACAAAUUUGCAGCUGGACUAAAAAUAGCUCCAGGAGAACAUUUACAGAGUCUAAUACAUCAUCGCAGACCAGCUUGGCACCCACGCUUUUUUAAACCGGGGUCCGGACAACUUCCUCGCCGUCCAGAUGCAGUUUCGACUCUUCUCAUUUGCCCUGAUAGUAUUGAACUGUAUGGAGUACAGCAACUGUCAGGCGCCGGUACAACGCUGGAAGAGAAACAAAAGAGCUAGCUAUGGAGCGUACCCCAUCUGUAAAGGCUGCUCGGUUUGCUCCAGAGACAAUGGCUGUGUAAACUGUCAGCCCAAACUCUUCCUGUUUCUGCGGAGAGAAAGGAUGAGACAGUAUGGCGAGUGUCUUCAUGACUGUCCAGCUGGUUAUUACGGCAUGCGUAGCCCCGAACUCAACAUGUGUUCCAGGUGCAGGAUAGAGAACUGUGAGUCUUGCUUCAGUAAAGACUUCUGCACCAAAUGCAAGUCAGGCUUUUACCUACACAAAGGACGAUGUUUUGACAAGUGCCCCGAGGGCUUUGCCCCACUAGAGGAUUCCAUGGAAUGCGGAGAUGGCUGCGAGGUUGGGCAGUGGAGUGAAUGGGGAGCUUGUACCAGAAGAAACAAAACCUGCGGUUAUAGGUGGGGUCUUGAGACCCGGACGCGGCACAUUGUGAAGAAACCACCCAAGGACACAAUACCGUGUCCCACUAUUGCUGAGUCUCGCAGAUGCAAAAUGGCCAUGAGGCACUGCAGGAGAGGAGGUUCAGGGAAGCAUCGAUCCAAAGACGCAAAGAAGAAGAACAAGCAGAGACUGCGAUUUUGGGCCCAAAACCAGCACAGUGACCACUUGGCCUCUGCACGCUCCAGCCAGUGAGGCCUGAAAAAAUGGACUCACCGAUGAACAAAGAACUUACGCAAAGCUGCUAGCUGCAACCAUGCUCUGAUCGACAAAUAUCACCAAACACCGUCAACCUCUACUGCCUCUAAGACCUGUAAUAACAUCCCACCCACCUCACCUACUAGAACAUCACCAUGAUUUGAAAAUGUUACUGCAAAUGUGUGUCUACUAUACAUUAUCAGUAAAAUCAUACUUCACGCACCUGCCUCUUGCUGCUUCACCAUGGGCUGCACUUUUCAGCUCGGUGACUUAUUCCCACAACCCCACCUAUGCCUUGUCUUGCAGACCAUUCCAGUUGAAAUUGUUGAAUUUCCCCUCAAUAACGAUUUCAUGAUGACAGAAAAUGGAAGGGCAACCACAGACUGGCAAACAAAAAUAGGGGGAGGGAGAAGAGAAAGGUCAUGAAAGAGUUGGCAAACUAUAUUGUUCAAUGGGGGUAUAGUUGAGGGAGUUGAGUAAACAGCCCCGAAAUAGGAGAGGAAAUGAGGGGGUAAGGAAAAUAUGAAGGAGGAUACAUUUGUAUGAGAUUGGGCUGACGGCCAAGAAGAUGGCACCUUGAGCUGAAAGAGACUGUUUUUUUGUAUCUAUAUUUAUGUCAAAGCUACCCUCACCUUUCUGUCUGUACAGAUAUGGACUGUUCCCAUGUGUGGCCUUUAUGUUCUGUACAUUUUUGAGAGUAAUAUUAAAUAAAUUACCAAGUAUUUUAUUCUCAGCACAAACUGUUUACGUUCAGUUCGCUGUAUGCUCUAAAUGUAUAGUGUGCAUAAGAAAGAAAAAUUAAGAACUUUAGCUCUUUGGCUAGCAUGGCAAAAGACACACAUGUACAUAGUUUAAUUCUAACUAUACUUUAAGUCUAAUUAAGAAAGCUAAUUGCUGUAUUUUCAGUAUUGACCUGUUCAUCAUUCUAAAUGUUGUAGAGAUAAAAAGCUGCAAAAUGAUUGCAAACAAUUACAUAGCCAUCACAUAGCUAUUUCAUUUAUGUGGUAUCUAUUUGAUUUAUUUAUUAAUUGUAUUUCAUACUUUUUUGUUCAACGACAAUUUCUAUUUGCCUCAUACUGUUACUCUUAUAUGUUUAAUAUUCUUUGAGUUUGACAUAACAAUGUGCAUAUCUGCAAGAAUUUGUUUUUUAUUGUCAUGCUUCGUGUUGUAUCCAUCCAUCCAUCUACUGAUUUCACUGUGUCAAAGAAGCAAAAUGACGUACAGAAAACAACUCUGCUUUGAUAUAUUCUGAGUUUAAGAAUUAGAAGCCAGCAAAUGUAUGGUCAUAGGACUGCAUAUGUGUACAUUGUGUUUUAUUAAACAACA